CACUUCACCAUCUCCAGAUCAUCAAUGGCAGGCUCUUACUCCUACCCACCAAUCAAACACAGUCAAUCUUCUUCCUCUUUAUCCCAACCAUCUCACAACAUUUUCACUUCCAGACUCUUACUCUUUCUCACUCUCCUCCCUCUCUCUCUAGCUGCAUUCGCACUGGUCCUCCAAUGGCAUGGGGAGUUUGUGGAUCCUGCGAUCCGGGUUUCGGAUUUUAACCGGUUUGAGUUUCCUGGUAUGGAUAGUUCUACGUCGGGUACCACACCUGCGAGUUGUGUGGAUGUUUUGGGAGCAAGUCGGACUGUUACGUUUCCGUAUUUUAGAGAGUGGAGGUUUGAUUAUGAGUCGGAUGGUAAACCGAAGAUAUGCAUUACUUCAAGCACUUCUGCAGGCUUAGAGCAAAUAUUACCAUGGAUUUAUUAUCAUAAAGUUAUUGGUGUUACCAACUUCUUCUUGUUUGUGGAAGGAAAGGCUGCAUCCCCCCUCGUAUCUAAAGUUCUUGAAUCCAUUCCUAAUGUGAAGCUGAUACAUAGAACAAAAGAACUUGAAGAACAACAAGCCAAGAGUCGGGCAUGGAACGAGACAUGGUUGUCAAUAUUCUUCUACAAACCUUGCAACCAUGAACUAUUUGUCAAACAAUCACUUAAUAUGGAAAUGGCUAUUGUUAUGGCACAGGAAGCUCAUAUGGAGUGGAUUGUUCAUCUGGACACAGAUGAGUUAAUCUAUCCAGCCGGGACUAGUGAAUACUCUCUUAGACAGCUUUUAACAGACAUCCCCGAAGAUAUUGAUACGGUUGUCUUUCCAAAUUAUGAGAGCAGUGUUGAACGAGACGACAUACAAGAACCUUUUAGUGAGGUUUCAAUGUUCAAAAAGAAUUUUGAUCACCUUACGAAGGAAACGUAUUUUGCGAAUUACAAAGAAUCAAGUCGUGGCAAUCCAAAUUACUUUUUGACUUAUUCAAAUGGAAAAUCUGCUGCUCGUGUACAAAAACAUUUGCGUCCACACGGUGCACAUAGAUGGCAUAAUUAUAUGAAAACUCCAAAAGAGCUUAAACUUGAUGAGGCCGCGGUUCUACAUUACUCCUACACCAAGUUUUCAGAUUUGACAUCAAGGCGUGAUCGUUGUCGCUGCAAGCCUACUAAAGAAGUGGUUGAAAGAUGCUUCAUGUUGGAUUUUGACAGAGCUGCUUUUAUAAUUGCUUCCACUGUAUCACAGGAAGAGAUGCUAAAUUGGUACCGUGAGCAUGUUGUAUGGACGGACAAAGAUCUAAAUAUGAAACUCAUGAAAACGGGGAUUUUAACUCGUAUUUAUGCUCCUAUGGUGAUUAUACAAGGAUUAAAGGAAGUUGGUGUGUUUAGUUCGUUAAUUUCAUCCGUCCAAAAAAGCCUAUCUAAGGACACAUUUUCAUCUUCCAACGAGGCUAUCAAUAAUUCAUCGAAUGCUAUUGAUGCGAUGUCAGGUGUUUCUUCUAGAAAAAAUGGCAAGAAACAACCUCGAAUGACCUUUAGUAAUGUAUUAGAAGCAACUAACAUUAGUAGGGAUAAAGAUACAAAUUUAUGGGCAAUGCCACCACUCCCGGCCCCAACCAUGGAGAAAAUCGACAGUUACAUAUGAUUUUAUUUUCACCUGAAAAUAUGCAAACAAAUUCGUAGGAGUUAAUUAUCUUUUUCAUC